AACUGUCAAACCAUCGAAUAUUGAAAACGAAAAAGCGAAUUUCUAAAAAAAAACUCGAAUACUUUUCUUACUGCGAUCUUCAACGAUUUUUCACUGCGAAUUUUCGAAUUUAAUUUGUUUUACGUGUUCAAUUACGAUUAUUGAAAAUGUUGGCUCUUCCACGACACAUUUCCCGAAUGUUGAACGAUGUUAUGGAUGAUGACAUCUUUUAUUGGCCGGUAUCAACUUUGCAGAACCGUAAUUGGUUGUCAACAUUGAAUGGCGAUAUCCAAAUGCCAUCUUGUCAAGAUGGAAAAUUUUUGGUAAAUUUCGAUGUUCGAAAUUUCGAUCCGAACAGUGUUCAAGUGAAAUUGGAUGGUAACAAUUUACAAGUUCAAGCUAAACAUGAAAAGAAAGGUGAUGGCCAUUAUGAAUAUCGUGAAUUUGUUCGACAUGUUACUGUGCCGAAUAAUGUUGAAGCCGAUCAAUUGAAAUGUAAAAUGGACAAAGAUGGUGUACUUCGAUUCGAAGCUCCAUUAAAACAAAUCGAACCAAAAGAAUCUCGUGAACGUAAUAUUCCGAUUGAAAUGGUAAAUCGAAACAAACCGGCUGUUGAACAACAAAAAGAAGCUAAAAAAUGAAUGAAUUUUGGCUUGAUUGAAGAUUUUUUCUCUGUCGUUAUCUCAUAAGAAUUUUUGAUAAUCUCUUAGAUUCUCUCAUAUAAUGGCUUUGUGAUAUACAUUCUGUAUUUAUCAAAUAUCUUUUUUUUUCACUCAAGAUUUGAUUUAUAAUCAAUAAAAUCUUUAAAAAAAAAA